AUGGACCAGGGUCCAAUUGGUCGGCGUUGGGCUCUUCGCUAUUCCAUUCGGACUCGAUCUUCUCCUCUCUCAUCUCUGUCUCUGGCGAGUUCGGGACCAAGCCGGGUUCGCAUCCACAUCGGCGCGGUUUCGCGGAGGCCAUCGCCGGCGAGAGGCGGAGGCGGUCACGUACGGCACCCAUGGACGAGCAGGAGUUCCGGCGCAUGCUCGAGCUCUUCCCCGUCGUCCGCUCCCGCGACUACCGCGCUGAUCCUGGAACAUCAAGCAGAGGCAACACACAGCAAGCACGGGCUCAGGAGGCAACAAAGGGCAAUAAAAAGGACUCAUCUGAUCUAUUUCUACAGAAAUUGAGGAUGGCUGCUGAUAAAAAGAUUGGAGCAACAAAGGCAGAGCUCUUCUGCAAGGCGUUUGAAGAAGCUCAUGAGAAACUUGUUUACAAAGAGCUGAAUCUAGAUGCUGCUAAAAAGUUUCUGAGUGCGUACGAGAGUUGAUGAUGAAUUAUAGACAGAUGCUGCCGAAGAUCUGCAGCAACAAUGUUCGAGCCUACAGCGGAGCAGAUUUGUACCAUAACACCUAGUAUUGUAACAGUACUAUAGCAGUUGAUCCAAUCCAUCCACUCAAUCAACAGCAGUGGAGUGCCUCUUAUGCAUUGAUUGGGAGCUGUUGAGACUUU